AUGAAAGCAUCGCGUAUGAAAUUAGUGUGUCAGAAAAGCCCUCAGAUAAUUAGAAAAUGUCUCGGAGUCAACGAAACAACAAGGGCUGUGAUCAUCAGAACAAAUUUGCGACCGAUGAGCAGCGCUGUAAGCGCACAAGGCCAGGAACAGUGCAUCAUGGAUUCUUGUAGCAUUGGCCCAAACUGUAAAGAACCACGUGUAAUAAUAGUAGGAGCUGGAAUGGCGGGGCUGUCGGCUGCACAUCGACUCACGCAAUGCGGCAUUCGGAAUUUUGUGGUCCUCGAAGCGAAAGAAAGACCUGGUGGAAGAAUACACUCUUGUUGGCUAGGUGAUGCUGUAAUUGAAAUGGGUGCCGAAUGGAUAUAUGGCGCUUGUUUACCGAAUUCAGUUUACACACUCGCAUCACAGGACAGAUUGCUGCAAACCCCUUUGCCACGUCUAGAUGCUUCUCGAGGAUUAUUUUGUACCAGCGAAGGUCGAGCUGUUGACCUUCCAGUAACGAUAACAGCAUACCACACUUUCAGACAAAUUGAACAACAAGCAGCUAAUUUAUUUCGUCUUGGUGGGGAAAGACAACACGGAACUCUACUAAACUUUAUAGGACUGCGUAUUCAACAGGAGUUAUAUAAUUUUCCUGAAGAUCAAAGAUAUGAUGCUGCUCGAGUUAUGUUCGGUUUGACGAACAUUUUGCGAAAUAGAUGUGGGGAUGACCUGUCCCUUGUUAGUGCUGAUCAGUAUGGUAGUUACAUAGAACUACCUGGAGGCAGUGUUAGAGUACCUCUAGGUUACGUGGGAGUAAUGGCACCUUUGCUGCGAGGUUUACCAGAUAAUUGUAUACGGUAUAACAAGCCUGUCAAUGUUGUACGUUGGGGGACUGGUCAAGCAGGAUCUGGACGAGUGCUAGUAAAGUGUUGUGAUGGUGAGGAACUUACGGCUGAUUAUGUAAUCCUUACUAUGUCCUUAGGGUGCUUAAAAUGUCAGGCAGACAAACUUUUUGCACCACCUCUGCCCGUAUGUAAAUUAGAUGCAAUAUGUAAUAUUGGGUUUGGUUUAAGUGACAAAGUAUUUCUUGAAUAUGCUGAACCAUUUUGGGUUUGCCACGAAGGCAAUCUGAAGUUAGCUUGGUCUGCUGAAGAGUUACAAUGUUGUAGUGAUUGGACAAGAGGCGUGUGUUCAAUUGAUGAGAUGCCCGGAAGUAAACACGUGUUAUGUGCUUGGAUAUCGGGACAAGAAGCUGCUAUGAUGGAAACUAUGGCCGAUAACGACGUUGCUGAAGGGUUAACGCAGUUGUUACGAAGGUUUACAGGGAAUCCGUGUUUACCAUAUCCUCAAAUGAUGUUGCGCUCUCGAUGGGCUUCUGACCCGCAUUUCUGCGGGGCUUACUCGUAUAUGAGUUGUUGUUCGACAGUCAGUCAUCAAUGUGAAUUGGGAACACCUGUACCCGGCCCUUGUGAUGCCCAGCCCCCUAAACUACUGUUUGCAGGGGAAGCCACGGUUCCUGGAUACUUCGCUACCGUACACGGAGCUAGGCUUAGUGGGAUUCGCGAAGCAGAACGUAUCGUUCAAUUAACUAAGAAAUUUGAUGGUCCACCAUGUUAG